AUGAAGACCUCCACCGUCCUUCUCACUGCCCUCUCGGUCUUCACCUCCGUUGCGAGUGCCGGCAUCGUCAUCACGCCCAUUUUCAGCAACCAGAUCGUUCCGAAGAGUGCGGGUGAUUGUCCCUAUGGUGUCAUCACGCCCCAAGGUUGCGGACCGAAGCGCGGCUGA